AUGAACCCUCGUGAACAGUCCGACAUGCCUCCGGCGCCUUCGUACCCGUCUCCCAACGGUGCGCAAAUGGCCCAGGGCGUGCCAUCUUAUUAUGGCAACCGCCAGAUGACCACCGACGAACUGCUUUCUGCUGAACUGUCGCGUGAGGCCUCAGGCCCUGGGCUCGGUGAAACCAACAACGGCGUUCAUCAUGGCCAAUCGAUGGUGCUGGCAUAUGCUUCAAUUCCCCCUAGUCAACAGGUUGGCGUCGAUCCGAAUCACGACUUGAGCUAUGGCGAGCAGAGCGCGCGCAAGCGAUCGAAGAUCUCGAGAGCUUGCGACGAAUGUCGGCGAAAGAAGGUUCGAUGCGACGCAAACUCGGAAACUGGCCUUGAGACAUGCUCUAACUGUCGCCGUCUCGGUGUGGUGUGUCAGUUCAGUCGCGUCCCGAUGAAACGGGGCCCCAGCAAAGGUUACAUCAAAGAACUUGCCGAACGUCUUCAUACCCUCGAAAACCAGAUGCAGCCAGGAAUUGUUCAACCCGACGUGCCAUACCAAUCCAUGAAUGAGGUGUCUCUCCCGAGAGGGUACCAGGAUUUCGCAUCGCCGGAGGAAUCAACCUCCGGAGCUCGGAAGAGAACUUACUCGGUAUUCGAGGGCUUGCCCAGCUCCUCCUUUGCGCAGCCUUCGUUCAAUGCCCGUGUCUCGCAUAAUGCCUUCGAUGGACCCGAGACACCGGCCGACCCAUACAACCCAGCUGUAGCCAGCGGUAGCGCACCGAAACCUGGCAAUCUCUUCUGGAGCGCGACAAGCCAUGAGAACGAUCUCCCAAGCGGGCUUGAGAUGACGGAUUUGCCAAAGCAUGAAGGUGAUGACGAUAUGACACCGGUCACUCUUGAUGAGGGUGCUCUUGAUGCUUAUUAUCAGAAGAUCCACACCUUCCUUCCAAUUCUGCCCCAUACCAAGGAGCGAACAUUGGAGCUUCUGCACCAGUGCAACCGCGAAGCACAGGAGAUCUUCUGCUAUGCACUGUACAGUGUCACUCGGACUGACUUGUCGCGCGUGGCGAGUAAUUUCGAGAAGAUCAAUGGGUUUGAUAAUGCCCAGGAUCUCCUCAUGUUCCACACUCGUCAGCCAUUGAUCAUCCAAUCGACCUCUGUCAAUCUGAUCUGGUUGCAAUCUCUUCUCUUGAUGAUCAUCGACUGUGACACCCGUGGACCUGACAACUUUGUUCUGAAAGACGGUGUGCCCAAGGGUACACUGGUUCAGGCAGCCAAUAAGCUCGGAUAUGACUUGGCCAGGAGCCAAGGUCAACUGAAGACCAAACGAUCGUCCGAUUUCGAUGUCGACUCCGACGCCAAUCUCGUCAGGCGCAACUGGGUUUCUUUGGCCAUUCUGGGCCGCUGGUACGCUAUGAGUGUGGCGGAUCCUACUGUGCUGGGAAGUUAUGAGAUCGGUGGCCGUGAAGAUGAAAGGGUCGUUGGCCAAAUCGCAAAUGGAAUUGCCUCUUACUCGACAUUCAUUUCGGACACGGUCUCUUUGGCCACUGUCGACCACAACAUCUGCCAGACCAACUCCGGCCUCGGCCGUAUCAUAGGCUCGAACCUAGUCGCGUCCCUCGAGCGUCUCGCACAAAUGGAGGACAUAUUCCAGAUCCACGAGCUCCCCGAGAACUCAACCACUCGCCCGCUCUACGAGAGCCUGCAAGCCCAACUCUACUGGACCGUCCGCCUGCUCAUCAAGCGCCACGUCUACGUCUACAGCCCAUCCGAGAUCAUCUUCUGCGCACAGGAAAUCAUCAACGAGAUGCACAAGUCAACCAUGCAGUCCCGUCUCGCAUCGCCCUUCGACCUGCACAGUCUCGCCCUGGCAGCAAUGACCCUCCUCGAGGCCACCGUUCUCCCCGAACACGCGAACGAAUGCUGGGCGGCUCUCGAAAAGCUGGAAGAAAUCCUCGACCGUCGCUCCAAGCGCGGCGCAGAAGGCGGCGAAUUCAGCAACAUCUUCGGCACCCCGGAAUGGGACUCUAAGAUCCGCAUCUUCCUCGAAUGGCGUCGCAUCAAGUCCCAGGAAUCCCAGCUGCAGGAAGCUGAGGCCGGUGCUAACGUGAAGUCCCAGCAGCCUGUCAUGGGCCCGAACGAGCAGCGCUCCCUGCAGCACCUUGCUGACCUGGCUGUCGGCGCCGAGGGCUCGGUUGGCCAGAACGCGCCGUCUACGCCCCCGCCUGGUCUUGCUAAUGAGCAGCACGAGUCGGAGUCGAAUCUCGCUCCGCAGUUGGCGCAGGCGCAGGGUGGGACUGGCCGUGUUGUCGUUGACUUCACUAUGCUCACCAAGGAGGGAUAUCUGAAUGUUUUCUCGGGAUUGAUCUACCGUCGGACCCGUUAA